AUGGUACGUUUCACACCGCUCGAGCAGAGCCCUGCGACCCAGGUUAUUUCCAACUCGACCCAUGAUGAUAUGAUUCAUGAUGCGGUUCUGGACUACUACGGCCGAAAGCUCGCGACCUGCUCCAGCGACCGAACAAUCAAGAUAUUCGAGAUCGAUGGCGAAUCCCAAAGAUUAAUCGAGACCCUCAAGGGGCAUGAGGGUGCAGUCUGGUGUGUAGCAUGGGCGCAUCCCAAGUACGGCAACAUCUUGGCGUCGGCAGGUUACGACGGCAAGGUCUUUAUCUGGAAAGAGCAGGGCACUCAACAAAGCACCCAGUGGCAGCGUAUCUACGACUCUCCCCACCACAAGGCUUCAGUCAACAUUGUCGCCUGGUCACCCCAUGAGGCCGGCUGCCUGCUUGCCUGCGCCUCCUCCGACGGUACCGUCUCUGUUCUCGAAUUCAAGGACAACGCGAUCGAUCACGUCCUGUUCCCCGCUCAUGGUUUGGGCGUGAACUCAGUUUCAUGGGCUCCUGCCCUCGCCCCCGGCAGCAUUGCCAGCAGCAACCCCGGCCCUGGCGCCGUCGGCAACAGACGCUUUGUCACUGGCGGGUGCGAUAACGUCCUCAAGAUCUGGUCCUUUGAUGCGGCCACUCAGAACUACAAGCAGGAGGGCGAGGCUCUCACCGGCCACUCAGACUGGGUUCGCGACGUUGCCUGGUCACCAACCGUCCUCCACAAGUCCUACAUUGCCAGCGCAUCUCAGGACAAGACAGUCCGUAUCUGGACAUCUGAGCCCAACACAACCGGCCAGUGGGAAUCCAAGGUUCUCAACUUCGAUGCCCCCGUGUGGCGCGUAAGCUGGUCUCUGAGCGGCAAUGUCCUUGCCGUCAGCGGCGCAGAUAACAAGGUGACUCUGUGGAAAGAGAACCUCAGGGGCGAGUGGGAGACCUUCAAGACGAUUGAGGAAUAG